UCAGCGCGUGGAAGCAGCAGCAGCAGCAGCAGCAGCAGUGCCGUCAGAUGCAGCAGCACUGAAGAGCAACGACAACCAGGGUUUCGCUAUUCAGCUUCAUUCACCUUUAUUUUGCAGGAUUACUCCACCGAAUCGCACCGAAGCGCGGAAGAGGCUUGAUUCAGACCGGUUCCUCUGAAUGCUGUUAUGAGUUCCUGAGUGCUCCGUUCUCCCUGGCCAGCUGUCUUGGAAGAGCAAGGGCUCAGGUGGCAGCAGUGGCACCCAGAGAAACAAACACUGAAGACCGGCCAUGGCGAGCGCAGCAGACGGCAUUGGCAGUUUGGGAACCGAGCAGAGCCACAUUAACGUUCCCGUGGCCGAUCCCGGUGCCUGGGCCACCGCUAUGAACAACCUGGGCAUUGUGCCGAUGGGCUUAACCGGGCAGCAGCUGGUUUCAGACUCAAUAUGUAUACAGGGUUUUGACCCCAACCUUGGCAUCCUCACCCCAAUCAACCCCAUGAUGGCUGGCAUCACUCUGGUCCCGCCACAACCUGUGGCAGAACUUCCUGUUAUUAAGGAAAUCAUCCACUGCAAGAGCUGCACACUGUUCCCGCAAAACCCCAAUCUUCCUCCUCCUUCUACGAGAGAGAGGCCUCCAGGAUGCAAGACGGUGUUUGUUGGUGGGCUUCCAGAAAAUGCAACUGAGGAGAUCGUCAAAGAAGUGUUUGACCAAUGUGGAGAGAUUGUCGCCAUCCGCAAGAGCAAGAAAAACUUCUGCCACAUUCGUUACAUUGAGGAGUUCAUGGUAGACAAGGCCCUCUACCUCUCUGGCUAUCGGAUGCGCAUCGGCUCCAGCACUGAUAAAAAGGAUUCGGGCCGCAUACAUGUAGAUUUUGCUCAGGCGAGAGAUGACUUGUAUGAGUGGGAGUGCAAACAAAGAUUGCUGGCACGAGAGGAGCGGCACCGACGGAAAAUCCACGAGGAACGGCUGAGACCUCCAUCACCUCCUCCCAUAAUGCACUACUCUGAGCACGAGGCAGCUCUUCUGGCUGAGAAACUGAAAGAUGACAACAAGUUCAGCGAGGCAUCGGCAGUGCUGUUCACGUGGGUCGACAGAGGCGAAGUGAACCGACGCACAGCCAAUCAUUUCUACUCCAUGAUCCAGUCGGCGAACAGCCACGUGCGGCGCCUAAUGAACGAGAAAGCUCAGCACGAGGAAGAGAUGGAGCUGGCCAAAGAACACUUUAAGAAUUCCCUGCUUGCCAUCCUCACACAAUUUGAGCAGAUUACGGCUGUGUUCACCGCUGCCACCAGGCAAAAGGCAUGGGACCAUUUCUCAAAAGCGCAGCGCAAGAACAUAGACAUUUGGCGAAAGCAGUGCGAGGAGCUGAGAAAUGCUCACAGUGAAGAGAUCAUGGGAAUACGAAGAGAAGAGGAAAUGGAGAUGUCAGAUGAAGACUUGGAGGAAAACCCCUGCAAAAAGAUCAGAAUGGAGGACACUGUGCUGUCUGCGCAGACGUGUGCCCUGCGAGAGGAGAACGACAGUCUGCGCUGGCAGCUGGAUGCCUACAGGAACGAGGUAGAGCUGCUGAAGAAGGAGCAGGGCAAGGCGUACCGUACCGAGGAGGACCACACGCAAGAACAGCAGCUGCACUUCCUGCAACACACCAUGCAGAACAUGCAGCAGCAACUGCUUCGGCUCCAGGAAGAGCUAAAAGGGAAGGAGUUGGAGCUGGAACAGGCCAGAGAUGAGCAGCGCUACCUAGAGGGAGAGGUCCUCAGCCUCAGGGAAAAGUUGGUAAAUGCCAUGGAAUCAGUAGACUUGAUGAACCACAACUCAGAAGGCCUUGAAAAGGGAGUCAAUGGCACGGCAGCACUCUACCACCAUCGAGAGAAGAAUAACGAGACGGUCAUUUGGGGUCCUUUGAGAUCAGAGAAAGAGGCUCUCUUGCUCGGAAUCAUUUCAACCUUCCUCCAUGUCCACCCAUUUGGAGCCAACAUUGAAUAUCUGUGGUCUUACAUCCAGAGACUUGAUACAAAGAUCUCGGCCAGUGAACUUGAAAGAUUAAUGAUCCGGCUGCCCAACAUGUUCAAGCAGGAGUUCAGUGGUGUUGGAGCGACGUUGGAGAAGCGCUGGAAGUUCUGCGGGUUUGAGGCUCUCAAGUCGGCGUGACUCGCAAAGCCACAUAAUAAACCCACACUGAGGCCGCUGGACUUCUGAAGGACUGAUCCAGGUUCAGUAAGAAAGGCCAGAGCCUCAUAGACAAACAACAGGCUCUACAUCCCCGUAUACCGCCUCAAAUCAGUGAGAUGUCUGUCGCUGUUUCUUGCAGACUCUGGAGAGGAAGUAAGACUCUAAAUGUGGAGUAGCAUCUGAUGUAUUUACUUGAAAAAGCUCCUUCCAGACUGCUGUGCUGAUUGCGUAACAUAUCUAUCAGUGGCGUCGUCCCAGAAGGCUGGGAGAUAUCCAGGAAUAUAUCGCGCCUCUCGGUUAAAAAUACAAAAUACUGAAUAUGGGACACAGAUGUGUGAUUUCAGCCCUCUGCGCCCUUUAAAGCCAGAGUAUGUUUGAAGAUGAGUUCUGUUCUGAAAAAUGAUUUAAUACAUGGCCAAAGUGCUGGAGCUGAUAGACAACAGUUGCACAUGCAGCUGACGCUCUUUGGACAGUUUUCUGUGUUUCAGGCCAUCCAUGUUGUGUAGACGAUGUAUGUAACAUGCUCUUCAUGUCUUGAUGCACUGUUGUUAUUGGUCUGCUUAUGUAAAUUAUGUUUGUUUUUUUUAAUCAAUUAAAAAACUUUUUAUGCAAAUCUAAAGCAGUAGUACUUGGAGAAAUCAACGUCUUUACUUGCCAGCUUUGGAUGCCGUUUAGUAUGCAGAAUUGAAAACAGAACAUUUAAGAAUUUUGUUGAUUUCGACGACUGAAUUUCCAUAAAUGUCACUCCAGUUCAUCAUGUUUUGAGAUGUGGCCAAUUCAAAUUCACCCUCGUGAACUGAAGGGGAGCCAGUCCUUAAACUCUGGAUUUUGGCCAAACCCCGUUCCCGGUAGCGUCUUCGAAUGUGUCAAAGCUGUUUGGUUGUGUUGUGUCUGACAUGUUUUUUGAUUCAUGUCUGGGACAAACAACUGAACUAUCUGCCAUGAAUGUGGAGCAGAACUUCCCUAAUCACCCAGAAUAUAACAAGCUGUAAAUAAUGAAUGAGAGGGGAGGAGAAUGCUGCUCUGUGUGUGUUUAAUUUGAUCUAUUUGCUAUUUACAUCAGCCACUGAGAUGCUGUUAGCAACAUAGUAGUGCAUCUGAGACCAUCUAAGCCAUUUGCAUUGUUGCUUGUGCAGCACUGGCAUUAUUUGAGGUUGUUUAGAGUAAUGAAUAAUGAAUUCUUAAGGAAUUCUUCAGUUGCAUUGCAAUGUGUAAUUCAAACAAACAAUAAAUGUGUUGUAAAACCGA